AUGACAACUACACGAUCUACACACUUCUCUGACCAAUUUGUCAUCAGUUGCGGUACCGUCACCCUGGACCUUGCAGCUCGCAAAGUACUUAUCUUAUUGUGGCGCAAGAAUGGCGAGUAUUUACUCCCCAAAGGACGCAAGGAUAUUGGCGAAGAUAUUCAGAUGACAGCACUCCGUGAGACAUUCGAAGAAAGUGGCUAUAAGUGCAAGCUUUUACCUCAUAAGUUUCCUACGCUUGCGACGAGCGGUUCUACCGGAGAAGCUAUUGAGCAUAGGCAAGCUACGACGGAGCCAUUUGCGGUAUCUCAGCGGCCUAGCGGUGGAAAGCUAAAGAUUAUUUUCUGGUACUUGGCUCACGUAGACUCUACGGAAACGAAGACGCAGGAUACACAGAUGGAGGAUGAAGACUUUGAUACUGUAUGGGUAGAUGAGGGCAAGGUGCUGGAUACCUUGACUUGGGAGGACGAUCGUAUUGUUUUUUUGGCGGCUCUGUUAUUCUCGGCCACUGCAGCUCUUGCUCAGCUUAAUCUGGAUAUUGGAACAAUACCAGAAUGUGCAAGACAAUGCUUCACAGAUGCAGUUGUCCAAGCAGGUUGCGUUGACUCAGACGAUAUUCUGGACCCAACAUGUGCAUGCACAUCAUUUAGUCUACCGAAUGACUAUGGUGGCUACAACAACGGAGUCUCUCUCGCAAGCGAUACGUGCCGCAUCAAUCCAAGCUGUAGCCCUGAUGAACUUGAUGAUUUGAGCCUCGAAUUGGACAAUUUUUGCUUCGACGACGUUGGCGCUGCCAAAUACCACUGCGGCAUACUUCCAGGAGAUCCAGUUCCAAAAGAAACAUUCCUCAAGGCAAAAACAAGCACCAUCAUAACCACAACAGACGAUGCUUCAAAAACCUAUACAGUGACCUCACCAGUCUACCCCAGACAAACCACAACACUCAUAUCCAAAUACAUGUACUCAACCAGCAUCAUCACCACAACAAGCGCAGGCGACACAUCCACAUACACCACCUCCAAAUCACUAUAUCAAGCCUUCUGCGUUUCUACAAUCGUCUGGGGUGCUGAAACUAGAAGACCUACCUUAUCCACGAGUAGACGAUACACCCCUUCCAGCAGCGCUACCAGAACGAGAAGUCUGAAUGACGAUUUAACGCCUACGGGUCCGGUUUUCUCGCAGGGACCGCCCGAGAGCGUGGUGCCGUUUCGAUUGAGCGGGUUGCCGACGAUUACGGGUAUACCGCCGCCUAAACCGACCACGGAGUCGAAUUUGCCGAUUAGUACGACGGGGGUUGUUGCAGCUGCGACGACGACGGCAGCUUCGGGUGCUGAGAGGGCUAGGGUUGCGGGAUUGGGGUUGGGCGUUGUGUUGUGUUGGAUGUGUUUUGUGGCGUGA